GCUUCAUACAACACUGAGCAGGACAGAAGCAGCUCCAAACACAGGGAACACAUCCAUUAUAUCACAAAUACCUGUGAGAUAGUUGAGGAAAAUAAAUAUCAAAAAAUUGCAUUUUAGGCUUUAUAUAAUCAGUUCAAACCUUUUAUUUGUAUGAAAGACUUGACACUUUAAUCCAGCAUAAAAUGUUAAUCUCAAUAGUUUUUCUCUUCAUGCUAAAUCCUGUGCUUUCUCUUCAAGGCACACUUAGCGAGAAUAAAAAUGGCACUACCAAAUCUAAGGAACACACUAUUAGCCACAAUAUUCCCAAGCUAGUAAGCACAAUAUUAACCACCAAAGUGAAAAUCCAGACCCAUGCUGCUUCUUCAAAAAGCACCAAUCAGACUCUUCCUUCCACACCGAAGCCUGUUGUGGAUGGUGUCCAGAAACCUGUGCCUACUCUUCAAAACACACUUAGUGAGAAGAAAAAUUCUACUACUAAAUCAAAAGGGAAUGCCAUUAAUCUAAAUGUUCAGAAACCAGUAACCACAUUAUCAAACACCAAAACGAAAAACCCAAGUCAAUCUACUUCCUCAAAAACUAGCAGCAUUGGUCAGACUCUUUCAUCCACUACAAAGCCUACUGUAGAUGUUGUCCAGAAUCCUGGGCCUGCUCUUCCAAGCAAACUUAAUGAAAAGAAAAAUUCUACUGCCAAAACAACAGCCAACACCGGUAGUCUUAAUCUUCCAAAGUUAGGAACUACAGCAUUAAAUACCAAGCUGAAAAACCAGACUCAUCCCACUUCCUCAAAAAUGAGCAGCGUCAAUCAGACUCUUCCAUCCACUACAAAGCUGGUUGCUGAGGAAAUCAUACUUAGCGAGAAGAAAAAUUCUACUGUGAAGUCAAUGGUCCAAACUAUUAAUGUUAAUGUGUCAAAGAAAGUGGCUACAUUAUUAAACACCAAAACGAAAAACCAGACUCAAUCUACUUCCUCAAAAAUUAGCAAUGUCAAUCAGCAUCAAGACAUCGUCCAGAAACAUGUGCCUUCUCUUCAGGACCCACUUAGUGAGAAGAAAAAUUCCACUGUUAAGUCAACAUCCCAAACUAUUAAAGUUGCGACUACAUUAUUAAAGACCAAAAUGAAAGACCAAAUUUCCUCAAAAACUAGUAGAGUGAAUCAGACUCUCUCAUCAUCUACAAAGCCUGAUGUGGACACCAUUCAGAAGCCCGUGCAAAGUGUACAAAACGCAGUUAGUGAGAAGAAAAAUUCUACUACCAAGUCAACAGUCAAUAGUGUUAAUGUUAAUGCUGAGAAACCAGUAACUACAUUAUUAAAGAGCAAAAUUAAAGACCAAAAUCAAUCUACUUCCUCAACAACUAGUAGAGUUAAUCAGACUCUCCCAUCAUCUACAAAGACUGAUGUGGAAACCAUCCAGAAACCUGUGCAAAGUGUACAUAACGCAGUUAGUGAGAAGAAAAAUUAUACUUCCAAGUCAACAGUCAAUAGUGUUAAUGUUAAUGCUGAGAAACCAGUAACUACAUUACAAAAGACCAAAAUGAAAGACCAAACUCAAUCUACUUCCUCAAAAAAUAGUACCACUGAUCAGACUCUUCUAUCCUCCUUGAAGCCUGCUGUAGAUGUUGUCCAGAAACCUGUGUCUUCUCUUCCAGCAACAACUGGCGUGAAGAAAAAUACUAGUACCGAGUCAGCAGGCCACAUUAUUCAUGUUAAUGCUUCAAAGUCAGUAAACACCAAAGUGAUAAACCAAACUAAUUCUGUUUCAUCAAAAUCUAGUCACGUUGGUCAGACUCUCUUAUCCACACCAAAGCCUGUUGUAGAUGUCCAGAAACCUGGGCCUUCUCUUCAAGGCACAAUUAGCGAGAAGAAAACUUCUACUUCCAAGUUAACGACUCAAACUAUUAGUCAUAAUAUUCCCAAGCUAACGACAUUAGUGAAUACCAAAAUGAAAAACCAGACUCAUCCAACUUCCUCAGAAACUAGUAGUAUCAAUCAGAUGCUCCCAUCUACCUCAAAGCUUGAUGUGGAUGAAAGCACAAUUAGCAAGAAGAAAAAUUCUACUGUAAAAUCAAUAUCCAAAAGUAUUAAUGUUAAUCCGCUGAAGACAUUAACUACAUCAUUAAUCACCAAAACGAUAAACCAAACUCAGUCUACUUCUUCAAAAAUUAGCAGUGUCAAUCACACUCUCACAUCCACCACAAAGCCAGAUGUUGAAAGUACUCUUAGCAGGACAAAAAAUUCUACUGUCAAGUCAACACCCCAAACUAUUAAUGUUAAUGGGUCAAAACCAGUAACCACAUCAUUAAACACCAAAACUAAAACUAAAACUAAAUCUACUUCCUCAGAAAUUAGCCAUGUCAAUCAGACUGUUGCAUCUACCACAAAGCCUGUGGUCGAUAGAGUCCAGAAUCCAACUAAAGACAAACCUGCAGAGAGUUUACCAGUUAAAGUAGUCAUCACUAAGGGUUGCAUUCCUCAGGAGUCUCAGACAGACUCAGGUAACGUAACCAAAGUACGAGAAACGGAGCUCAGUUUAAAUCCUGGAUCUCCUCUGGUAAUGACUCAUCACAUCAACUUGGUUCAAGGAGCUUGCACAGGAAGCUGUGAAACUGAGAUGGCCACACUGAGAGACAGAGUUGAGUUUCUUGAGAAGGAGAUGGCAGCAAUUAAAAAAAUGUGUGUUCAGUGUUCAGGAGAGCAAUGCCCUAAAAACUGUAGUGGCCAGGGCAAGUGUGAAGAUGGAAAGUGUGUUUGUUUCCAGAGUUUUAGUGGCCCAGACUGCAGUGUCAAAACCUGCCCCUCUAAGUGCAACAAAAAAGGGAAGUGUGUGAAGGGAAAGUGUGUGUGUCAGACUGGUUAUACAGGCCUAGACUGCAGUAAGGCUGUUGACAAGAAGAUCACAGUAACAGUUGAAACAGUGGCUAUGAAGAUCCCCACUGCCAAGACUGAUACAAAACAUGUGAAGACAAAGCCAGACAAGACCAUAUUCGUGAAAAAGACAGACACAAAUGACCCAAAGACAAACACCACAGCCAAGCCAACAGUGAAGCCAAGUCCAACCGUGUCUCCAGGUAAAGCCCAGUCCAAUACCACAAAGAGAGACAAGGUUAUUAAGACUAUUGGUCAAGUUCUGCUAAACCAUGAAGGUAGAAGACGUCAAGAGCAAGUAAAAAAAGGCAAAACAACAAUCAUAAAACUAGAUUUAGACAAACAAUCACAAACUGAACUGACCAAGAAAAAUAAUCUUAAAGAUGAGCCUGUCUAUCAGAACGCGACUCAGAGAUCUGGAAAGAAGGUUAAUGGAACCUCCAAUGUUUUAGAGAAUGUGUUUAAAGGCACCAAAGACUCAUCUAAUUCAACUGUGUCCAAGACAAAGGUCACUAUUAGAACUGUAGGUGAUCAAGCAAAAGAAAGCAAGACUAUUAAUAUUACAUCUACUGGAAAAGAAAAGAAGCUAUUGCACAGCAAUGUAACAACAACUCUCCAAGCAGAGAAGAAGUCUGAUAAGCAUGUAAAUGGGACACGUUUUGAAUCCAAAACUCGUACAAAGCAUUUUAACAAAACUAUCAGCAGAUUAUCAGUCAUUGGAUCAGUUGAGGUUCAUAAUAUCACUUCUACCGGGUUCAUUAUGUCUUGGGAAGCUCAUCGAGACAUGUUCAAGAACUUCACUAUAUCAAGAAGGGAAAUCAGAGGAGGAAAUGAAGAUUCUGAGAAAAUUCAGGAUGGAGCAGCGGCUGUAAAUAUAACAGAUGUCCAAAGGCCCAGUUUAAACAUAACAUCAACUAAAGUCCAAAGUAGCAAACCUGAAGGAAAUACUGUGAAAAAGUUCUCCCAAGUUCUUGCUGGUACAGCACGGUUGUAUCAUUUCAAAGGCCUUCAACCUCAGACGCGGUACUCGGUUUCCUUGUUUGGCUCUGGUCUUGGCAUACGAUCCAAAAUUCACCGCCUUACAUUAUCCACAGGCCCUGAACCACCCACUGACUUGAUGUUCAGCAAUAUAACAGAGACUUCCUUCUCAGUAUCAUGGACAAAACCUAAAAGCAUAGUAGCAGAAUUUAAAGUCACGUACACCAACACUGUAACUGGUGAGAGUGGCUCCAUGUCUGUUGACUCCCAGCUGUCCCAUGUUCUCCUGUCUAAGCUCUCUGCUGGCUCCACCUAUGACAUUACUGUGAGCUCAGUUCUGGAGACACUCGAAAGCGAGCCAGUCACAGCCUUUGUCGCAACAGUGCCGGAUUCUCCUACUGAACUAAAGGUGGUGAACAUCACAGACACUAAAGCUCUGCUGGUAUGGAAACCAUCACAUGCUAAAGUGGACAGCUACAUACUCAGUUAUGGAACUACAAAAUCUCCUAAUGUGACUAUUACAGUGACAUUAUCUGGCAGUACUGUGGAGCAUCAACUCAGAGGACUCCACAGAUCUUCUUUAUACAUGGUGAAAAUCAAAAGUCAAGUCAACCGGCUCCAGAGUAGCCCAGUCUCCACAACCUUCACAACAGGAAGUGGAGUGAAACUUCAGGUUUUGACUCCCGGUGAGGUGACCUUUCACUCAGCUGUGAUUUCAUGGAGGGCUCCCCGUGUGGCUUUCAAAAGUUAUAGGCUCACAUACCAACUGAGCGAGGAAGUCAAGGAGGUGAUUUUAAAUCCAUCUGUGACGCGUUAUGAGCUGACUGGACUGGCAGCCUUUUCAAACUAUACUGUGAAAAUAGAGGGAGAAAGAGAUGGACAGUACAUCAGUUUUGUCUUUGCUGAAUUUACCACUGCCCAGCUCCCGCACACAUACCCCACAGACUGCUCAGAGGUACAGGUCAACGGGAUGAAGGAGUCAGGAGAGGCUGAGAUUUACCCUGAAGGGAAGGAUGGAGAGCCAGUCUGGGUCUACUGUGACAUGGAGACUGAUGGAGGAGGCUGGACUGUAUUCCAGAGGAGAAUGGAUGGAUCUACUGAUUUCUUCAGGAGCUGGAGAGACUACAGUAAAGGCUUUGGUUCCCUGAGUGGGGAAUUCUGGCUGGGAAAUGACAUCCUUCACACUCUCUCCAGUCGUACACCAAUGAGCCUGCGGAUUGACCUGCGUUCAGCAAAUGACACAGCCUUUGCUCAUUAUGCCAACUUCAACGUUAGCUCAGAGGCUAACCACUAUGAAAUCGAGCUGUCUGGAUACUUUGGCACUGCUGGUGAUUCCAUGAAAUAUCACAACCGCCGUCCAUUCUCCACAAAAGACAAAGAUCCAAACACUCUUAGCAUCCACUGUGCUAAGGCCUACUUGGGAGGCUGGUGGUAUAAAAAUUGCUACAAGGCAAACCUCAAUGGCCUCUAUGCCUCCUACUCAGACAACAAGGGUGUGGUGUGGAUAGACUGGAAGGGCAAAGACGCAUCCCUCCCAUUUACUGAGAUGAAGCUUCGACCCUCCUAUAUCAGUCAAACGAUCCCGACAACCCCAACAACCCAAGGUUAAAUCUACAGAGUGAAUAGUGCACAUAGUGCAAAUACACUGUACAAACUUCUACACACUGCUACUUCAAUAUUGUAUAUAGGUUAACAACAUAAAAUACAAAACAAGCUUUGCAAAGUAAAUAUGCAAACAACCUCCAACCAAUCACAACAACUUUUGUACGUUUUUUUUUUUUUUAAUGUUAUGUAGACUUUAUGCAUGUGUCGAUGUACUUGUGUUAAUGGAGGUCCAUCAUUGAUAUUAACAUUUCCGCUACUGGAAUAACUGCACUGUCUUGAUCUAUUGGUACGAUUUUUUUA